AUGCCAAACGCCGUGAACUCCUUGAUGACCUCCGUGCUGUUGAACUUGGAAUCAAAAGCAGAGUCUGUCCUUCAAGAGUUGCAAAGGCACACUCUGUCUGGACCACAUGGGUUGCCUUCUGCAACUGUAUUGCUCCACCUUGAUCCAGGAUUGUUAACAGUUGAUGAUCCCUUGCUCAUCCUCAUCCCCCUGUUUGGAACCCAAUGGCAAAGUGAAAAAAUUGCCCCCAGUAAGAGACAGGUCUGGGGCCGAACGGCUGAAGAUGCCAUGCGUCAGGUGGGCCAGGCCUUUUCCUCAUUGGGAAUGCUAAUCUGA